AUAACUUCAAAGUCACGGGGCAUUUCUACCUAAAAUUAAUAGAAAUUCAAGCAAUACCAGCUUUAGCAGCGAAGUUCUACUGGAAAUGCUAUCAUUUUUCCGAAGAAUGUUCAAGACCCUCUCCAUUUCAUUGUCUCCAAAGACUUCCAGGACGAGAAGCAUCAAUGCAUUCCUCAUUAGUGCAACAUACUGAAUCCAUAUCGAUAGUAGGUGGUUCUGUUCUGGGGUUUAAGAAGAGCAGCAAUUCCGAGUCAGACGAUCUCAAACCUUCUCUAUUCCUUCAAUUACUCUCUUCGCUUCUGGAUUCCCUUCCUCUGGUUCAUGCUCUUCCUUCUCCUUUUGGUUCGUUACCUCUCCAUUUCUUUGUCCAAACGACAGCAGCUCCACCAGCUGAAAUCGGGUAGCCUUUGUUCAGAAAAGAAUCCCUCUCAUGAUUAUGGGAGGGUGAUAGAGGGAUGAGAGGGUGAUGGCGAUGCAUGCGGUAAUCAGUGAUGGGAAAAUGAAUGGGGAAAGGGCGUGGUCAGCAGGGAUAAGAAGAGGAAACGGGGAAGCUUAAUUUCCUGCAAAGUGUGUAAAGUAAACCAAACGUAUUAUC